AUGGUGGACUUGUGCUUCGAGGCCAUGAUAGCCACUUUCUACAUCGGCGGCGCGGGAUUUCUCGUCUACCUGCUCGUCGUAGCCGCGCGGUACCACAAAAAGGUCGGCAUCGCCGUGUUCUCAAUCGUCGGCACCGCCUGGGUCGUCGUCGGCGCCUACCUCUACAUCUCCUACUGCGUCGGCUCCUUCUGGUGGUCCGAACUGGGGCGGCGCCUGGGCCCUCCCCUCCGCGGGCUCCACCGGUGCCUGCGCGGCGUCGUCCGGCUGCUCCGCGGCCUCCCGCUGCGGUGCGCGCGCGCCGGAGAAAGCCAUGGCAUGGCCGUUCUUGCGCGGGAGCCGCCGGUGCCGCGGCGUGGCGGCCCGCAGGCGGUUGCCGUCGGUGGCAUCGUCCCGGCGCGGGAGGAGCGCGACGGCGGCGCGGCGUCCGCGUCGUGGGAGUGCUCUGUGUGCCUGUGCGAGGUGGAGGAGUGGGGGACGGUGAAGAGGUUGCCGGUGUGCCUGCACGCGUUCCACCAGGAGUGCAUCGACCCGUGGCUGCGUGACCACUCGACGUGCCCGGUGUGCCGGAGCGUCGUCGUCUUUGCGCGAAUGGCGUGA